AUGAGUUGGAGUCCGAGCAUGGAUGUUCACUACAUGGAGACUAGUUAUCCUUAUAAUUCAGCUGGAAGCUUCAUGGAAUACUUUCAGGGUCUCACAUAUGAACACGUGAAUUUCAUCUUUGAUGGUGGUUGCCAUGCUCAGGUACCUACCUAUAGCGGUGACAGUUCAAAUUUCUACAAAUUUGGCACUUCGCAACCGGGAGGUACUUCGUAUUGUGAUCCGAGUCACUCUUAUGAAGUCCAUGAUCAUGGACGCGAGAUCGAUGAAUACGUACGGCCCUUUCUGAGUUCUUCACAAAUGCCUCUUGGCCGGACUGUUGGUAGAAAUGCAGAUUGGGAUAGUCAUGAGAACGCAACUGCCCAUGAAAACCCUAUUGACUGUGUGCGGAGACAUCAUAAUGCUCAUGAUUACCAUGCUGUGUGGCAAGACAGCGUUGAUCCCGACCAUAUGACUUAUGAGGAAUUGCUCGAACUAGGUGAGGCAGUCGGAAGCCAGAAUCGAGGGCUCUCCCAAGAACUCAUCUCUUUGCUUCCUGUCUCGAGAUACAGGCGUUGCAUCUUCGCGAGAAGGAAAUCAAGAACCGAAAGGUGUGUAAUUUGCCAAAUGGAGUACAAGCGAGCUCAGAAGCGCAUCACGCUACCGUGCAAGCACAUCUACCACGCCAGCUGCGGUACUAAAUGGCUAAGCAUCAAUAAGGCAUGCCCCAUAUGUUACACCGAGGUGUUCAGUGGCGGAGCAUCAAACGUCAAGAAAUAAGCAAACCUGAAGGCAAUACUAUACGGUCGAUUUUUCCCCCGGGAUCCAAGUUUGGGGUGGUAGUUUUUUUCUCAUUCAUACCUUUUCUGUUAGUUUCUGGGUUUUAGUUGGCUUCUGUAGUGGGAUUGGAGUGGAAGAAGAAGUAGAAAAGGUGAUGGACUGUACGAAAUGGAAAAAAGAAAAGAUUAGGGAAGAGAAUGUUGCAGGCUACGUUUGAUGUUAUUAUGCAAGGCAAGUCCUAACCUGCAUUUUGAACCCGCCCCGCCGGGUAAUACCCAACCUGACUCGUGAUGGGGCGGGGCAUGGGUAUCAACUUCCGAUCUGCCCCGUCCCGCCCCAUCCCAUUCUUACCCCGUUCUAUGUUAAUUUUUUACCCCAUUCAUUCAUAUAUCUUUUAUUCAACUAUUUAGGUUUGAUCUUUCAACUAAAUAGACUAAAUAGAUUCAUAUAUCUUUUAUUCAACUAUUAUGCA